AUGCCCAAUGUGCCUUCUCUGAGUUUGAAGAUCCAGAGACAAGAUUUGAUUCGCCGCAUGGUCGCUAUGUGCCCUCGUAUACAUGAGGUUCCCCGAUCAACCUUCUUUUUUCUAUGGUUCGCCGAUAAAGCAACACUUGCUGAGAUGAUUGAAAACGACAAAAGCGAAAUUUACUUGAACCUUAUCGCAACUAGCAUGACUUCGCCACCUGUGUGCGAUAUUCCAGGCACUACUUUCGAAGAUGACCGGCUUCGAAAAUAUCCUCGAACAAGUUUGAGUAAUGAUACUCCGGCCGAGCGCGACGAAUACGAGAAACGACGGAGGGAUCCUAUCAAAAAUACAAGCUCAUCUAUUAUCUAA